CACUGUUUGCUUAAAACACUUGGAGGGGAAGCUGUGGCUCCUCGCUGACGACAGGACUUUCAAUGUCACGUGUGCUUGGAGAACGCAGCACCAAAAAUAUACAAUCAUUUUUACCAGUGUGAGAGUCGCGGCUGGUGAGAAUGAAUGCGAAUUUUCGCAGGCGCGUGGCCGUGAUCGGCGCCGGACCCUCAGGACUGGCGGCGGCGCGGCAUUUUGGAGCACCUGAUUCGCCCUUUGAGUGCCAAGUUUUUGAGCAAAGCAGUGAAAUUGGCGGGACGUGGGUUUUCACGCCUCACGUGAGUGUCGACGAAAUUGGAAGGCCGAUCCACUCGAGCAUGUACACCAAUCUCAGAACGAAUUUGCCAAAGGAAGUGAUGUCUUAUCCGGAUUUCCUUUUUCCUGAACAAGAAAAAUCGUACCUUACAUCGGAGCAGGUUUUAGAAUACCUGCACAGCUACGCUAACCACUUUGGCCUGCGGCAACACAUCAAGUUCAAUAACUGGGUUAAAGAGGUGAGGCCAGUUGGUGAAAACGUUGAGGAAGAAAAAUGGCAAUUAACAAUAUUUGAUUGGAUUAGCAAAGAGACCAGAACCGAAAUAUUUGAUGCUUUAAUGAUCUGCAAUGGUCACUUCUUUCAUCCAAAUAUUCCUGAAUGCCAAGGUAGAGACAUUUUUGAAGGAAGAAUUAUUCACAGUCGCGAAUACAGGAUGCCAGCUCCUUACACGAAUAAAAGGGUGCUAAUUGUUGGAGGUUCUUUUUCUGCUAUAGAUAUAACAAUGGAACUCGCGAAAGUUUCAAAACAAGUUACUCUGAGUCACCAUUUAAAAGAGAUGGCGACCAACUUUCCGGAAAACGUGAAAAUGGCACCUGACGUGGAUUUUUUUGACAAAACGGGCGUCACUUUUGUUAAUGGGCAACGUGACGAGUUUGACGAUGUGAUUUAUUGCACAGGGUACAAGCCCAGCUACCCCUUUCUGCACGAGAGCUGCCGAGUCACGACAGAUGGGUACGGCGUCGAGCCACUCCACAAGCAUUUGAUAAACAUCGAGCACCCCUCCAUGUGCUUCCUGGCAAUCAACAAUUACAUUUCGCCGCUGCAAUUAGCGGAUUUGCAAGCCCGAUUUUUCUACCAGCUGCUAAUCGGCGCUUUCGAAUUGCCAGCAAAAGAGGAAAUGUACCGACAGCUGAGGAAAGAUCAGAAAUUCAGACAAGAAGAACUUGGAUUCAAGACGCGCUUCGCCCAUAAGUUAGGUGUUUUACAAAAAGAAUAUUAUGAUGAACUCGCUGACACGGCAGGAGUUAAACGGAUCCCACCUGUGGUCUCAAAACUGCACUUUGAGGCAGCAAGGUCAAAAUUCAAAGAACUCUACACCUUCCGUGAUAAGCGGUACAAAUUAAUUGACGAAGAAACUUUUGUAGAAUUAUGAGAAACUUUUAAAUAAAAAAUACUUAUUUUUAUUAAGUAUGAAAAAUUAUAAUAUUUGAAAAUGUUCAAAAAUAUACGUGCCU